AUGACGGAUCCACAAGAUCAUGACAUGAACUUGGAGGAGGAAUAUGACGAAGAGGCUGACAGUGACUUUGAGGUGGAUGGCUCCGGCCCCGAAGGCUUGACCUCUUCUUCUGAGGACGAUGAUCGAGAUGCCGAUGAUGCGCCCCUUCGACCCCGAAAACGGCAGAAACUCGAAAACCUGCAGGGACAGGAACACCUGAUCACGGAACUCGACUCGGGGGACGAAGCCACAGUACGCGAACACAAAAAGGGCCAGAGGAAAGGCAAGAAAGAUGAGCAUGGAGUCCCAGAGCAGAGUGGACACGACUCGGAAGGAUGGCGAGCCCGCACCCGGGGCAUGCUGACGAAGGAAAAGGAAGAGAGAAAGAAAAACAAACUCGCUUCAAGCAAAGGAAGCACAAUCGACGUAAACAAAAUAUGGGAGGAGAUGAAUCGGCCAGGUCCACUUCCUCCUCCCCGGGUGGAAGGUGGUGCUGUUGACCAGAUGGUGCAGCCAAACGAAACAGCAAGGCCUCCGGAUGCCGCUUCUGUGAGUAAGGAUACUGACAAGGAAAAUGUGCCUGUGGUCGGUGGUGACGAGACUAUUAUGAUCAAGCGUACAUACAAGUUCGCAGGUGAGGUCCACGUUGAGGAAAAGAGGGUGCUUAAGUCAUCGGCAGAGGCCCGGCUGUGGCUGUCUCAGCAAGAUUCCUCAAAGGCUGGGAGUCCAGCAGCUGAUGGUAAAGUCGUGAAUCGGCCGCUGCGCAAGGUGUCCCGUUUCGAUCCCAAUUUCAACAAUUCAGACGCCUUCAAGGGUUCUUGGACGUCCAGAACAACCCGAGAAGUCCAGUUCAAAGGCCCUAAACUCAAUGUUGUUGAGAAGAGCAAGAUGGACUGGGCCGAACAUGUUGAUACUGAGGGCCUCCAAGAGGAGCUGGACACACAUGCCAAGGCAAAAGACGGCUAUCUGACAAGAAUGGACUUCCUGCAGCAAGUUGCAGAGCGCCAGGAAGCUGAAGCGAGGGCGGCAAGAGUCAAAGGCAGUUAG